AUGACAUAGGCAAAGGCAAUGUCCUGUAAAGAAGCGAUUCAACGAUGGGAGGAAAAAACAGGUUUAAGCGCUAGUCAGGAAAAAGAAAUCGUUUUGUCUUUUCAGUGGCCUCCUAUCGAGAAAAUGGAUAAUAAUUUGGCAGCGCUUACCAAUGUAGAAAAAUUAUCCCUGUCAACGAAUAUGAUAGAAAAGAUCAGUGGUAUCAAUUCCUUAAAAAAUUUAAGAAUUCUGUCUUUGGGUCGCAAUUACAUCAAAACAUUUUCUGGAUUAGAAGCAGUGGGGGAGCAUUUAGAGGAAUUAUGGAUAUCCUAUAACCAGAUUGAAAAAAUUAAGGGUGUUAACGUUUUAAAAGCGCUCAAAGUUUUGUAUAUGUCGAAUAAUUUGGUUAAAGAUUGGGCUGAAUUUAAUCGUUUGCAAGAAAUACCAAAUCUCGAGGAUUUAUUGUUCACAAAUAACCCGAUUUGUGAAAACAUGGACGUGGACGCAUGGCGUAGUCAGGCACUCAGAAGACUUCCCAAAUUAAAGAAACUCGACGCCAUACCGGUCGUUUAA